AUGACAAGUACUACACAAGCCGACAUUGCAGGAAGACUCAUAAAGUGGUCAAUCGAACUGUCCGAAUUCGACAUCAGAUAUCAAUCCAGAGGGGCAAUAAAAUCACAGUUCUUAGCCGACUUUAUUGUAGAACUUACGAUACCAUCGGAGGAGGACCACACAAAACAAUGGACUCUAUACAUAGAUGGCUCAUCCAACAAAGAAGGAUGUGGCGCUGGAAUACGACUCGAAGCCGAAGAUGGUACUGUACUCGAGCACUCCUUACACCUAUCUUUUAAGACCAACAACAACCAAUCCGAGUAUGAAGCCCUGGUCGCAGGACUUCAGCUUUGUUUAGAACUUCAAAUAUACACAAUCAAAGUAUAUUGUGACUCCUUGUUGGUUGUUCAACAGGUAAACGACCAGUUUCAAGUAAGAGACCCCCUUCUAUCCAAAUAUUUAUUAUUAGUCAAAAAUUUGAUUUCACAAUUUAAAGAAUUUGAAAUACAACACAUUCCAAGAGAACAAAACCAAAGAGCUGAUAUUUUAUCUAAGCUCGACAGUACUCAAUCCGAGAUAUCUACAUUGCAUCAAUUUACUAUAAACUCUCCUAGCAUUGACCUAACAAAAGUGCUAAGUGUUACUCAAGAAAGUGAUUGGCGAAUAGAUUUCAUAAACUAUCUACAAACAUCGCACAUUCCAGAGACUGUCGAGAAUGUCAAAAGGUUCCGAAGACAAGCCACCUUCUUUACAUUACUUAACGGAGCCUUAUACAGACGAGGAUAUACUCGUCCUUUACUCAAAUGUCUCAGCAGAUCCGAAGCAGAAAUAGCACUGUCAGAAGCACAUGAGGGGAUCUGCGAAACACAUACAGGAGCUCGGAGCCUUUCAUCCAAAAUCCUCCGCGCUGGUUUCUUCUGGCCAUCACUGAAGCAAGACAGUGAAAACAAGGUCAGGGCCUGUAUAAAUUGCCAGAAGCACGCCCCUACCAUCCACAUUCCAGCUGAGGAUAUGCAUCAUAGCAACGUCACAUGGCCUUUCCACCAAUGGGGACUAGACAUCCUCGGCCCGUUCCCUACGGCGCCGGGCCAGACGAACGGACUAGCAGAAGCGGCAAACAAAGUGAUCUUGCACGCACUUAAGAAGAAGUUGGAUGACGCAAAAGGGCUAUGGGCCGACCUCAUACCUGAAGUCCUAUGGGGUUACAACACAACACCCCAAUCAUCAACAAAAGAGACACCAUUCCGACUUGUCUAUGGCUCUAAAGCAAUGAUACCACUAGAAAUCUCCCAAAGCUCAAUUAGGACACAGCUCGUCGACCACAAUGAAUCCCGGCGCACCGAAUUAGAUAUCAUUGAAGAAGUCCGAGAUAUAGCAACACUGAGGCAACGCGCCGCACAGCAAACAAUAGCUCGGCACUACAAUAAAUCGGUAAGAAGUCGAACAUUCAACAAGGGAGAUUUGGUCGUUCGAAAGACAGAACUCGCCCGACGACCACCAUCCCAUGGCAAGCUCGCCGCAAACUGGGAGGGCCCAUAUCGAGUCACACAAGUCCUCGGCAAUGGAGCAUAUAAACUCGAAACUCUAACCGGUACAGUCCUACCCAACACUUGGAAUGUAGCCUCCUUAAAGAAAUUCUAUAGUUAA